UCCACUGCUUAUUUGCGCAGUGUGGUGAUUCUGGUGAUACUCCAAAACACUGGCUCAAACAAACUAAUAUUGCUUGUUGCUCGUUGAUGGUUGCAUUAUUGGUUUUGCUUGCGACCUAAAUCUUGACCUUAUGCAUUCCUUUUCCACCACCCAACAGCCACUGCUCGACCAGCAUGACGUAGCCAUCCAACGAGAAGAUAACAUAUUAUCGACAAGUAGUGAAGAGGAAGGAGAAAAGGGGACUCACCACCCAACAGAUUAGUCACACAUAAAGCAACGCCCAACCCAAGCACAAUCACAGCGAGAUUACUCAACGAGCUGCAUUUUGAAGUCCAUUUUCAGAAAAGUGUUCAUGAUAGUGGUUGCUCAAGUGGUGGUGGUGCAGGGGAUGAGAAUUCGGUGUUUUAAAGUUUUGGAGCUUGUGGGAGACUGAUUUCUAAGAAAAAAAAGUGCCGAGGACCGCGUGGGUGAUCAUCGAGUGCGCAGUACGAACACAAAUUGCAGGACAGAAGAAGGGACGGAAUAAAAUGGAGUCUGAAGGACAAAGAGAUCGGGCCAAGAGCAUGUGGAUGAUUGCAAUCCUCGCCUCUGUUUAUUUGAAUGGGGAGUUGGGACAUUACCUGAUCGGGGUCGUGAGUCGAAAUAUGGCUCAAGAUCUCCACUUUGGUGCAAUGGCUUGCUUCCCCUUGAGCCAAACAACCUCAUUCCAAUUUUGUGCUCAGGCAAACACGAGUUCCGAGUGCGUCUCAUUACAACCAAAGCUGUCAGGAAAUGAAUCCUCCCAUUUUUGCAAAUGGGACUACUCAGGUUUGGGAAUGGACUACCAGAUUCUUGCAGGUCCAAGUUUCAUGGCAGUCUUCACAGUGGCAGGCGUUUUAUGGGGCCUGGCAGCAGAUAAGUUCAACCGAGUGUGGCUCUUGUUCUUGACCACGGUUAUCUUCAGCUCUGCCUUGGCUGCCACAUCUCUGGCGACAUCCUUCUGGCAUCUGGUCAUCUUUAGAAUACUUUUGGGAAUUGGGGUAAGUGGGUGUAGCCCUCUGGCAGCAGGAAUGAUUUGCGACUCUUUUCAUCAACAAGAACGUGGGAAGGCGAUGAGUGUUUACAAUUGUGGGAUGUACGUGGGUUACGGUUUGUCAUACGCUGUGGGGAUUUACGUCACAGCCGCGGACAUUUUUGGAAUGGGAUGGCGUGCAACGUUUGUGAUAUGUGGAAUCCCGGGACUCGUUCUCGCCCUUCUCCUCAUUCUCACGGUGGAUAAUCCCGAGAGUCCCGAGGUUGAAGAUCCCAGCAGGCCAAACUCUCGUCGUGGGAGCUACAGCGCCUCCAGAGACGCCAGCUACUCGGCCUACGAAUCCCUCCACAGCGUCUCCGUAAAUGCCAAAGAAUUUGAUGACGUUUCAGCCCCACUCUUGUCGUCAAACCAUUCGGGAGACCACAGUCCAUGGCGGGCAUGCCUGAGCCCCGUCAUCGUACUCCUCGUCCUUGCCGCUUGUCUACGAAGAUCUGCUGGAUACACCCUGCGCUACAACUCGGCCUUGUACUUUCAAGUGUACUACCCAUCCUACGAUGUGGGCUGGUGGUUGACGGGGAUUUACUGUAUUGGGGGCGUGGCUGGCUCCAUUCUUGGUGGAAUCACUUCGGAUCGAUUGGUGAACCGGCUGGGAGUCUCCGCCCGAGCUAUCGUGUUAGCCGUAGGACAACUGAUCGCCACCCCCUUCGCCAUUGGAAUGCUCUACCUCGAUCCCCCCAUGGCAUUCAUCCCCCAAUCCAUAGGCUACCUUUUUGGUGCAAUGUGGUUUGGAGCCCUGUUCACGAUUCUAGUUGAACUCGUCCCACCUUCCAUCCGGUCAUCUGCCUUUGGGGUUGCGUUUUUUGUUAUGGAAAACGUGGGUGGAAAUUUCCCUGUGGUCGUCGAGUACAUUACAUCCCUCAUCGACUACAAAACUGCACUGGCCAUAAUGUAUCCCGGAGAACUGCUCGCAAGUUCAGCAAUAUUUUUCGUGUGCUACAUCCUCCUUCAAAAACGAAGACGAUAACGUGCAGAAUGCAGAACUGUGCAAGCUCAGAUUUGUAAAUUUUUGUACGCGAAAGAUUUGAGAAUCACGAACGGAGUUCGUCAAACGUUGCCAACCCCCAGAAAAUAGAAUAGAGGAGAAAAACGUUAUAAUUUAGUUUGUUAAUUUUUAUCGGUGGAAUGCGAAUGUUGCGGUGAUUGUAAAUUAAACGUCCAUUUCGAUUUGUGA